AGCAGCGUAGCAUUAGCAUUUACCACGCAAAGGCUCUCUUCUUCUUCGAACACCAGCGCGUCUUCUUCUUUUUGUAGAAGACUAAAAUCCUUUUGCAAAUUCCCAACCCUUUUUCUGUACAAAAUCCACUCUGAUAACUUACCCGAGGGUGGCAAUACACACCAUGAGCCGCUAUGACAGCCGUUCAGGCGACCCCACUUCCUAUCGUGACCGCAGAAGUGAUUCGGGGUUUGGCGGGUCUACGGGCUAUGGGGGUUCGGUUCGGUCCUCAUCGAGCAAGAAUAGUUAUGAUGGUGCUGAGUCACCGAGGAAGUUGGAUUUGGAUGGGUUGACUCCUUUUGAGAAGAACUUCUAUGUUGAGUCACCAUCAGUUGCAGCAAUGUCUGACAAAGAGGUUGAGGAGUAUCGACUACGAAGGGAAAUUACUGUUGAAGGCCGUGAUGUUCCAAAGCCUGUCAAGAGUUUUCAUGAUGUUGGGUUUCCGGAUUAUGUUCUGCAAGAGAUUGCAAAAGCUGGUUUUGUUGAACCUACUCCUAUUCAAGCUCAAGGAUGGCCAAUGGCUUUGAAGGGCCGUGAUCUCAUUGGUAUUGCUGAAACAGGGUCAGGGAAGACACUUGCCUACCUGUUGCCUGCCAUUGUCCAUGUCAAUGCCCAGCCAAUUCUAGCUCCUGGAGAUGGCCCAAUUGUGUUAGUCUUAGCUCCGACCCGUGAACUUGCUGUUCAAAUACAAAAUGAAAGCACCAAAUUUGGUGCAUCAUCAAAGAUUAAAAACACAUGCAUAUAUGGUGGGGUUCCAAAGGGACCUCAAGUGCGUGAUCUCCAGAAAGGCGUUGAAAUUGUUAUUGCUACACCUGGGAGGUUGAUUGAUAUGUUGGAAUCACAUCAUACAAACUUGCGAAGGGUUACAUACCUUGUUUUGGAUGAGGCAGAUCGAAUGCUAGACAUGGGGUUUGAGCCUCAGAUACGAAAAAUUAUUUCUCAGAUUCGUCCAGAUCGUCAAACUUUAUACUGGAGUGCUACCUGGCCUAAGGAGGUUGAACAACUUGCUAGGCAGUUCCUUUAUAAUGCAUACAAAGUGAUAAUUGGCUCUUCGGAUUUGAAAGCUAACCAUGCUAUACGCCAGCACGUGGACAUUGUUUCUGAGAAUCAGAAAUAUAACAAACUGGUGAAGUUGCUGGAGGAUGUCAUGGAUGGCAGCCGAAUACUGAUCUUCAUGGAUACGAAGAAAGGAUGUGAUCAGAUCACGCGGCAACUUCGCAUGGAUGGUUGGCCUGCACUCUCAAUUCAUGGAGAUAAAAGUCAAGCAGAAAGGGAUUGGGUCCUCUCAGAGUUUAAAGCUGGCAAGAGUCCUAUAAUGACUGCAACAGAUGUUGCGGCUCGUGGUUUAGAUGUGAAGGAUGUGAAAUGUGUAAUAAAUUAUGACUUUCCGGGUUCCCUUGAGGACUAUGUUCACCGCAUUGGUCGAACAGGAAGGGCUGGGGCAAAAGGAACUGCAUACACAUUCUUCACAGCUGCAAACGCUAGAUUUGCAAAGGAACUCAUUAGCAUACUUGAGGAAGCGGGUCAGAAGGUUAGUCCUGAAUUGGCAGCAAUGGGGCGUGGUGCACCUCCUCCCCCUUCAGGCCUCGGCGGUUUUCGUGAUCGCGGGAGGGGUUAUGGUGGCGGUCGCUCUUGGAGCUAGUAAUUAAUGAAGGUAAACUAUGAGCUUGAUGGCCAUGGAGAAAAGCUUGGCAAUAAGCAUCCAUGCCUGGCACGUUGUAUUCGUUGGGCAAAUGUAAGGAUAACUUGUCUUAGAGUAGGAGUUAGAUGUCUUUUAUCCAUUGACUUUCGUAUCUGUUCAUUUUUUGAUCCACUACGUAGAGGACUAACUGACUGUAGUUAGUGUUGGACUGUGUAAGAUAAAACAUUUGUUCAUAUCAUUAAAGUUUUUGAGGAAGAAUGCAAUGGAACUUGAAAAAAAUUGU